AUGUCAAUUUACAAAAGGCGUGCUUUUCUCACCAAGCUACCGAUGCCAAUCACUGAGGAGACCCUAACAGGCAUAUGCAAAUCAAGGGAUCACAUUAUUGCAAAAGUUGUUCGAAUUAACGAUUUAAUGCAGUUCAUGCAAAUGUUCCGAAACGAUGACGUCAAAGUGUUGUUCCUGGCACGUGAUCCACGGGGGAUGGCGGCGUCCAGGGAUAAGAGAUUCCUGCACGCGAUUGACACCCAUGUCAACAAAUCAGCAGACGGAGUUCGCCCUUUACACCCCAGACUGGUAGAUUAUGUAGUGGAACAUUGUCAGUGGUUGGAAACGAACUAUAAAGCUAUAACAGAAGGUUCUACUUGGCUACAAAACAACGCCAUGCUAGUACGCUAUGAAGAUAUGGCCAUGUAUCCGUAUAAAGUUGUACCCAAGAUGCUCCAGUUCGUGGGAAUCAAUGGUAGCACUCCAGUGGAGGGGUCCGCGCCUCAUGCUGACUCCGCCUCAAAAAAAUGGCGGAGGUAUUUCUCGUACGAGGAGGUGAAAGAAAUACAAGAUCUGUGCUCAGACCGCUUGUAUGAUUUGUUUGGAUGGAAAAGAGUUCAAAGUAAACUCGAUUUCAUUGACGAGACAAACACAUUUAUAGGGUCAAUGCCAAAAGCUGCUCUAGAAUAA